UAUUACCUAUUUGUGCAAAGCCCAUUACCCGUUCGUCGUAGCCCGCAGUACUGGAAAUUGUGUUUUCGAGGCGAAAUCAGCGAAAACUUUUAGUCAUUGCAUCUUUGGUUUCGUGCGAAGUUUAGAGAUGCCGCAAGAUAUUAGGAAGUGGUUUCUUAAACCACAUGACAAAGACAAAGGCAAUGGCAAUGGCUCAAUCUCUGCAAAUUCUGCACCAAGCAAUUCAGAGCCAAUGAAUUCAGAGCCCUUUCGUGGAGGCAAAGAAGGUUCAGGUAGAAGAAAAACUAGCAAGUAUUUUACUGCUGAGAAACAAAAGCUAGAUGAUGAAAAAGGAAAAGCGGAACUUCCAGCUAAGAGGAAAACACAAAAUGAUAUUGAUGAUUCCCGUAAAUCUCCACGAUCAAGGAAAAUUCAGAAAGUUGAUGACAAUGAUGAUGACUUUGUCUUGCCGAAUGAGAAGAGGGGCUCUAGUGUCACUCCCAGAAAGAAAUUGAAGUCUAGUUCAGGUAGGGGAGUUGCACAGAAAUCUGUAUGUGUUGAUGAUGGUGAUGAGGAUAAUGUUAAAGAUUUAGAGCCUCCUGUUAAGCCCAGUGGAAGGGGUCGUGGUGGUAGAGCAUCAGGGUCACCAGCUAUUGGAAGAGGCAGAGUUGGUGGACAAGGUGGAAUUAUGAAUUUCGGGGAAAGGAAAGAUCCUCCACACAAAGGAGAAAAGGAAGUCCCUGAAGGUGCUCCUGACUGCUUAGCUGGUUUGACUUUUGUAAUUAGUGGAACACUUGACAGUUUGGAAAGGGAAGAGGCUGAAGAUUUGAUUAAACGCCAUGGGGGACGUGUUACUGGAUCAGUCAGCAAGAAAACGAAUUAUCUUUUAUGCGAUGAAGAUAUUGGGGGAGUGAAAUCAACUAAAGCCAAAGAGCUUGGUACUGCUUUCCUUACGGAGGAUGGAUUGUUUGAUAUGAUCCAUGCAUCAAAUCCAGCAAAAGCACUUGCACAAGAUGAUUCAAAGAAAUCAGUGGAGAACGUUGCUACAUCUCUGCCCCUCAAGCGAAGUCCCCAAAAAGUCGAAGUGAAAAGCAACUCUUCGGCAACAAAGGUAGCCUGUGAAAGUACAAUCUCAUGUGCUUCUCCUGUAAAGAAGAAAAAGCAAAAUAUCCAGGAUUCUUCGUUGACAUGGACAGAAAAGCAUAGGCCAAAGGUUCCGAAUGACAUUGUCGGGAAUCAGUCACUGGUUAAUCAGCUUCGUAAUUGGUUGGCACAUUGGAAUGAACAAUUUCUUGGUAGUGGAACUAAGCAAAAUGGAAAGAAGAAAAUUGAUCCUAGUGCCAAAAAGGCCGUGCUUUUAAGUGGAGCACCUGGUAUGGGAAAAACAACAUCAGCAAAGUUGGUUACUCAGAUGCUGGGUUUCCAGGCAAUUGAGGUUAAUGCUAGUGAUAGCCGUGGGAAGGCUGAUUCCAAAAUUUCAAAGGGAAUUGGUGGAAGCAAUGCGAAUUCUGUCAAGGAACUUGUCAGCAACGAGGCAUUGAAUUCUAAAAUGGAUCGUUCCAAGCAUCCAAAAGCUGUGCUGAUUAUGGAUGAGGUUGAUGGAAUGUCAGCUGGAGAUAGAGGUGGAGUUGCUGAUCUUAUUGCUAGCAUAAAGAUCUCCAAAAUUCCUAUUAUCUGCAUAUGUAAUGACCGCUACAGUCAGAAACUUAAAAGUCUUGUAAACUAUUGCUUGCUUCUCAGUUUUCGGAAACCUACAAAACAACAGAUGGCUAAGAGGUUAAUGCAAAUUGCGAAUGCUGAAGGUCUUCAGGUUAAUGAGAUUGCUCUCGAGGAACUUGCAGAGAGAGUGAAUGGAGAUAUGCGCAUGGCCAUAAACCAACUGCAGUAUAUGAGUCUCUCCAUGUCAAACAUCAAGUAUGAUGACAUAAGACAGCGCCUUCUUAGUAGUGCCAAGGAUGAAGAUAUUUCACCAUUUGCAGCUGUUGAUAAGCUGUUUGGCUUUAAUGGGGGAAGGUUGAGAAUGGACGAGCGGAUUGACCUGAGCAUGAGUGAUCCAGACCUAGUCCCUCUACUUAUUCAGGAAGUCCCUGAAGGUGCUCCUGACUGCUUAGCUGGUGUUGACUUUGUAAUUAGUGGAACACUUGACAGUUUGGAAAGGGAAGAGGCUGAAGAUUUGAUUAAAGCCAUGGGGGACGUGUUACGGAUCAAUUAUCUUUUAUGCGAUGAAGAUAUUGGGGGAGUGAAAUCACUAAGCCAAAGAGCUUGGGAGGAUGGAUUGUUUGAUAUGAUCCGUGCAUCAAAUCCAGCAAAAGCACUUGCACAAGAUGAUUCAAAGAAAUCAGUGGAGAACGUUGCUACAUCUCUGCCCCUCAAGCGAAGUCCCCAAAAAGUCGAAGUGAAAGUAAGCACUGUAUAG